CUAAUAAAAAUAAUUUUUAUGGAAUUUUUCUUAAUUGUCAACAAAAGUCGUACAUAUCAAAUUAAAAGUAAUUGAACUAUUUUAAGCCCCAUUAGUUUCUAUGUCAGUUUGCUUUCAUUAUUUCAAAAUCAAAAGAAGUACAUUUGAGAUACUCAAUUCGAGCUGCUAUACUAUGCUACUGCAAUAGCAUCCUAAUAAAUGGCAAUGCUACAUGUAGCAGUAUGUCAUUAUAAUUUUGCUACUAGUACGUUUUAGGCACUGUUUGUAAAGUCUGGCAACUUUCUCAGGCAAUCUUUUAACAGGAGACAGACGUGUCGUCAUUAUUUAUAAAUUGCAGAAGAAAAUUUAUUCUUUUUUUAAAACUGUUUAGUAAAUGAAAUUUGAACAUGCUAACUUUAUGGUCAUUGAUAGAAGCUUCCUUAUUAUGCUUGAACGCUGUCUGUGUGCUGCAUGAGGAGAGAUUCUUGGCUAAAGUUGGAUGGGGUUAUCAACAAAUGCAACAAGAUUUUGGACAACCCACAGCUAAAGCGCAAGCACUAAAUUUGAUCAGAUCUAUACGAACUGUAGCUAAAAUUCCUUUGAUAUUUCUUAAUAUGGUGGCGAUAGUAUUUAAAUUAAUAUUAGGCUAGCACGUAUACCUUGAUUUUACACGAUUUUCCAAAGCUAUCGAAUACGCAUCAAGUUUAUAAGCAGCCGCUUCCAAUUUGUCAACCGUAUCGGAAAUUUCGUCAAU